GUUCUGAGCCAACCUCUCCCUUGCACAGUCUUCCCAGUUCCAUCCCUCCCCCUUGACUGCCAGCCGUAGUGUAUCUGGUGGAGAGCAGUCCGCGCCAACUUGUUUUCGCAGUCGCUGCGAGAACACCACGCCGCCGUGGCCAUUUUCUUUUCUUGUUUUUAUUUUUCGCAGACCCCGCGCACAGCUGUUGGCGCCAUGACGACGGGCGCUUGAAGUCGGCUGCCGAAUCACCCAAUCCAUCUCUGCCCGACUUCUGGCGCCACUACACAUAGCCUUCGGUCACCGGGUGUCUUCGACAUGUCGACCGCUUCCCGAUCUUUGUACCAUCCCAACCGCCGACUCGGCAGCGUGCAGAGCGUGCAGAGCGUGCAGAGCGUGCAGAGUGUCCAGAGCGUCCAGAGCGCACAGGAUCGCGACCGCCACAGUCGCACAUUGUCCAGAGCCCGCGCGGGAACCGUGAGCUACGACGAUGCAUACUCGUACGCCCUCCGCAUCGCAUACCUUCGCUAUAUCCUCCAGCCCAGGAAGAAGAGAAAGGAGUACAUUAGCGCACCGAAGCCCAGGCCGCACCCGCGCGUUCACACCUCGAGCAUCACCGAGCUUGUCAAGGAACUCGUUCCCACCGGCUCAACCUCGGUGAAGCUGCCCUCUGGUUUCCGCCAUUCCCUCGAGAAGCGCAUGUCCGGUGUCCUCCAGGGAAUCGAGAGACUACCAGGAUUCAGCGAUGCCGCCGUAAAACGGACGUUUGCCGAGGCCUAUACCGCCUUCACGGCCAAAGAGUUUCAGAAAUCCAUUGACAAGGACCGCAAGGUCGAACCCCUGGUCCUGAUUUUCUACUCUGCUGCCUCAAAAGCGCAGGGGCGCGGCAAGUCCCCCGAGGAUCACUCAUGGAAGGUGCUUGUCGAUAGGCACUUGGCAAUGUUCAUCAGACUGCUCAGUAACAUUCUGAAGGAUAAGGGGGAUAUCGAGCUGGUCACUCGCCUCAACACCCUCGAGAAGAAGCUCAUGAGCAAUGACCAGAGCCUGUACCUCGACACGGGCCAGGAAGACCAUUCCUACGUCGAAGUAGACGUACCCCUGAGCUACGAGGUCAAGGACAUGCCCAUGGUGCAGCUCGUCGCCAAGAUCUUUGGCGUGACCCACUCACAGGCUCAAACCGACAUCGACAGAAAUAUGUCCGCAUGGACCGAGGAGGCGGCGCUCAAGGACUACAAGUCGUACCAAUUCAGGCUCGCUGCCGGUAUGGCAGGGACCCUGCGGAAACAGGAUUUUGACUUGGAUGAAGCGUACGAGGAAUGGCGCGCCGGGGAAGCCCCUCAUUUGGCAACAAUCUUUUCCGAAAUUCUGACGGCCCGCCCCGAUCUGAAGGGAGGAUCCGGCGGAGGGACCGACAAACCACUCCCUGUCCGGCACUCCAUGUAUGAGGAUCAGGCGUACGCGGAGCUGAGCAGAAUGCUGUCCAACCCCGAGUCUCCUGCGCCCAGCGUCGACGCUUCUUUCGGCUUCCGGCCGCCCUCCGUCGAUGAGACGUCUAGCAUCCGGACCGUCGACGAGCCAAGCUAUACUUUUAUUCCUCCCGACCCCCGUGCCGUCUACAAGGUUAUCCUGCAAUAUGUCGUGUCGUACGACCAGCUUCACUCCGAUACGUCGGCUGCGCCCCUGUCCGAGGAGACGGCGAAUUUCCUGACGGAACUCGCAGUGCGCUGGCGGAUACCCCAGUUUUCUCGGCACGUCGCCUUCGUCGAGGUUACGACGCGCAAGUUUCUCGACCAAGAGCUGCCCCCGGAACAACUCUACGCUUGCCUGGACCUUGUGAAAGAGCGGCUGGAGGAGCCCAAGAAACCGGUCCCGAUCCAGAUGUACACAUUGGGUUUGAGCGACAUUGAGCUAACCAAGUGGACAAUUAUCGACUUUGCUGGCUAUCAGCAGUCAUUGAGGGACCUACAUGACGCCCUGCUGCGGGACCUCUUCGCUCUCCUCAUGCGCUGCUACGAGCCGAAGCCGCCAACCGUCGGCGUCGUCAUGGCGCUGCUCAAUAACCACGUCUACCCCGAUCCCACCUUCACGCAGCGGCCCGAGGACGCCGCUGACUUUGCCCAGCAGCUCGACAAUGGACUGCGCCAACAAGCUGCCAAGGUGUACCGCGACUUCCUGGAUCACCACAUACCACGCAGUCAACGAGAGUGGGAUUUCGGACACGUGGUCAACCUAGGCAAGGCUGUGGUUGAACUCGCCGAACGCAUCAAGAAACGGUACCGCAAGAACCCCGAGAUCAUGGGUGUCAGCCCCUUCAAGGCCCUGGUGGAGACGAUCCUCCCUAGCUUCGAAGAGGACUGUCAUGAGAUCAUCAAGCGCGUGCUGCAGACCUCCAAAGAGACCGGUAUCGAGAUCGCGAUCGAGGACGGGUUUGACCUGUACAAGGAGCUCGUAGGGAUUAGGAAAAUGCACGCGCAGGCUCUUCCUGACAAGGCCUUUGCCUUCGACAUCGAGGACCUACUCGGUGCUUUUGUCUGGCGCUGGAUCAAGAACGUCGAUGACAGGAUGCCGGGAUUCAUCGAGGAGGCGAUCAAGCACGACAUGUUCAAGGUCCGGACCCGCCAUGAAGGAGACAUACCGACCGACGACGAGAGACACAGCGUCUCCAUCAUUGACGUAUUCACCAUGUUCACGCAGACAGUCGACCAACUGCUCCAGCUCGAGUGGAAUAACGAGGUCCAUCAGGCACGCUUCAUGACGGCACUUGCCAAAUCGUUCGCCGCUGGCAUCGGGAGAUACUGCGAGAUUGUGGGGAGGCAGUUCGAGAAGGAGAUGGAUCGGCGGAGCGAACAGGAGGCAGCUGCGGCACAAAGGACGACGCAGGAGAAGCUCUUCCAGUACGCAAAGGACGCCUGGAAUACCAAAGAGAAAAUCGAGCCGUUUCAGUUCUACCCUCAGUCGUUCGUCAAGUUCAACAACAUCGAAUGGGCGAUGCAGGCCCUGGACAGGCUGGAGAAGCGAAUGAACGUCGACGCCUGUGCCGAGCUACUCAAUAAGAUUGACGCGCCGAAGCAGCCGGUGAGGCGGCGGAAAUAUGUCUUCACGGUUAAGAUCGUGGAGGGCGAGGAGCUGAAGGCCUGCGAUCCAAACGGGUUUAGUGACCCAUACGUGGUCCUUUGCGACGAGUACCAGAAGCGCCUCCACAGGACGAGGGUUAUCCCUCGGAACCUCAACCCCCGGUGGGACGAGUCGGUGGAUAUCUCUGUGGAGGGACCGCUCAAUCUCAUCGCGACGAUCUGGGAUUACGACAUGUUCGGAGACCACGACUUCGUCGGGCGGACGUCGCUGAAACUUGACCCGGUGCAUUUUAGCGACUAUCUGCCGCGAGAAUUCUGGCUGGACCUGGACACGCAGGGGAGGAUCUUGAUCCGGGUCAGCAUGGAGGGCGAGCGUGACGACAUCCAGUUCCAUUUCGGAAAGGCUUUCCGGCACCUGAAAAGGACGGAGCGGGACAUGGUGCGGGAAGUGACGAGCAAGCUCUCAAUGCACAUCAACACCUCCCUGUCCCACGAAGCCUUGCGCAACCUGCUCAACAAGGGCAUCACGGCCUCAAUGGCCAACCUCUGGAAGAAGAGGCAGUCCCAGACCGCCUCUGUCACCCCGGCGGAGGUGGAAAACGCGAUCCAGCCUCUCUUCACCUACUUUGACGAAAACUUUGCCAUCAUGAAGCAGACGCUGACGGACGCGACCAUGAUGGCCGUCAUGACGCGGCUUUGGAAGGAAGUCCUCCUGGCCAUCGAGAAUCUCUUGGUCCCGCCGCUCUCCGACAAGCCGUCGACGCAGAAACCGCUGACGCAGGCCGAGAUGGACAUUGUCUACCGCUGGCUGGAGCUGCUCUUCGGCUUCUUCAACGCACGGGAUCACGAGACGGGGGAGAUCCUCGGCGUGCCCGCCGACGUCCUCAAGUCGCCCAAGUACCACGAGCUGGCUUCGCUGAACUUCUUCUACUUUGACACCACCGAGAACCUGAUCCGCACCUCGGAGCGCAUGGCGGCCGCCAAUGCCCAGCGGGCCCAGCAGCAGGCGCAGCAGGCCCAGAAGCAGCUUCAGAGCAGCCACCGGCUCUCGGCGCCGUCGCCGGGGAUGCUCGGCGUGCCCUCGAUCGGGGGUGCGUCGGGGGCCGGGACGGUUCCCUUUGGCAGCCUGGGGACGAUCCGGCGGGGCAAGUCGAUCAUGAUGAGCCGGAACCUGGGCACGAUGCGCAAGGCCAAGGAGGAGAAGCGCAAGGAGGCGCAGGCGGACCCCAGCGACGAUAUGAUCUUGCGGAUCCUGCGCAUGCGGCCCGAGGCGGCCGGCUACCUCAAGGAGAGACAGCGGCAGAAGGAACGCAUGGCGGCGGCGCAGGCGGCGGCCCUGAUCGUGCGGCAGAGCGUGAACCAGGGCUUGACGGGCGGCGGGCCUGCCUUUGGGGGCGCGCUGUACGGGCGGACCGGGGUCAUGCCGAAAAGAUGAAGAAGAAAGAGACUCGUGACCAAGUUCAAGGAGGUCUCCGAGAGUUUGGGAGAAUGGAGUGGGGUUGGGGAAACGAAGAGUGACGAUGCCAUAUUUGGGGUUUUGGCUUUUUUUUUUUUUUUAUAUGAACAGUGCAAUGCGGUGCGGUGCGAUAUACCUUUCACUGCUUUUUACUUU